AUGGUGAACAGUCCGAAUAUAUCAAAGGAAAAUUCCCUUCGAAAUCAUGGUGAUUACAAAAUAAUUCACACUGAGAGCUCUAAGGUCAAUAGCUCUCACUUGAAUCAAUCUGGUUCUCACCAAUCUAUGUCACAGCAAAGAGCACCCAGUUCAUCUAAUGCGCUAUUUCAAACCAACGAGGGUUUCGCAAAUGUCAAUGAUCAUGCAAGUGCAGAGAAUUCAUAUUUGUGUUUCAGUGUAGACGAGAAUAAUAAUGAAGACAAGAUGGAGGAUGAUGACGGUGAUAAUGAUAAUGACGAUCUAGAGAUUGAUGACGAUAAUGUCGCGGAGAACGACAAUGAUGAGGAAGAUGAUGACGAUGAGGAGGAUGAUAGUGAUGGGGAGGAUGGCAAUGACGAGGAGCAUGAUAUUGAUGACGCGGGAGAAGAAAAUGUGGAUGGUGGGGAACUUGAUGACGAGAGAAUAAAUGUCGAUGAGUCAAAUUCGGAUGAUAUGAAUAUCGCCCGUCAAUAUCGUGCAAAUAUCUUGAGAGAAUUGGUUGGAAGAGAUCAAGGUUUAGUUAGUGGAACUAGUUUCAUCGACGUCGUUCAAAGGUUGGUUGGGACUACAGACGAAUAUCCCGACAGAAGGCAGGUCUCAGAAUUCGACGCUCUCAUAUCAAAUCUAACUCAGCGAGAAGAGCCAAUUCUAAUUAUGGAGACUUUGUCUGAGCUUUCUGAAAGACUACUUAUGAUGAACGGCAUAACUGCAGAACGCUUGGUGCCUUCGAACAGGCUAGCCAAAGCUUUAACUGAUAUAUUACGAGAUCCCUCACUUAUGGAUCAUUUAGAGCUUCACCUUGUUGCUUGUCGCUGUCUUUUCAACUUUGUUGAGGUGAAUCAAGACUUCAUUCAUGACGCGCUAAGCAGUGGUGCUGUUGAGGUUUUGGUCUCCCGCAUUCACGAAAUCACGUAUAUUGAUUUGACUGAACAAGCAUUACAAACCCUUGAAAUGAUGUCGAGAGAGAGGACUGCUCAUAGUGCUAUCAUAGAAAGUGAUGGUCUCUCGGCGUGCUUGACUAAUAUUGAUUUUUUGACAGUCCACGCUCAGCGCAAAUGCCUAACGAUAGUUUCCAAUACCUGCCACCAUUUGAAUGAAACAAAUUUUAGCAAGGUGAAGGAUAUAGUUGGAAAACUCAUGGAUGUUGUCAAGCAAGUCCACGACCACGAGGUUUCUGAGAGUGUAUGGCGUUCUAUUUCACGAAUUGUCGAUAGUUUUAAAUCCAAGCCAGAGUUGUUGGAGUCCUUGUUUGCCGAUAAACUCUUACUUACAUUCAUUGUGAAAUAUGUGAGUACUAUCUCGGGCUUCUCAAAUAAGGAUUCAGCUUCAAGCUAUGGAGUUAGCGUUGGACUACUUCAAUCUCUCGUUACAAUGUCAAGUACAUCAAUUAAGCUAUCCGAGUUAUUGCUUGCUAUAGAUGUUGGAGAGUACCUAAAUGCAGCAUUCCUUAAUUUUAGGAAGGAUUUAGGGUCAACCGGCUCUAAACGAUCUCUUGCAAUCGAUGAUUGUGUCAACGAGGACAUUACUGUUGAGGAAUUAAUUGCAGUUCCAAGAGAACUUCUCUUAUGCACACUUCAACUAAUUGCAGCAAUUCUACCAGCUAAUUACGAUAUCAGUGACUCCCCCUUUAUGCUCGCGACAUAUCGCAACUCAGGGCAAAGAAACAAACAUAAUGUUCACAGGGUUGAGACCUUUAAAAGUCAAGAGUGUGAUGUUCAGCGAUUCGUUGAGUGGACGUGGCCAAUUAUCUUGCGAACCUAUCUUGCAAGCAUGGACGGAGAGUUACGCCGGAUCGUAAGUCUCUGUAUUUACAGAGUAUUCACGUUCUUUGAAUCAGAAAUUCCAGUGCUCAAAUCAUAUUCUAAAGACUUGACUAACGUAUUAGCAUCUAUGAUUAAUGCAGGCAAAACUGAGCUUAUUCAGGCACCUGACGCAAUCUCCAUCGAACAAUCCUUCAAAGUUUAUACUGGUUUGCAGAUGAUAUCAUCAUUGAAGAUUGUGAAAACCAUUUUAAUCAAGUCGUUUUCAGCUUGCUCCCUUGGUUUAGAAAAGGGAGGUGUUUUCCACGAUGUUGAAGCACUUGGGGGUAUCAUUCACCAAGCUUUACAGGCGCACUGCUACAUGAGUGGUAACGCCGACUCUGAUGGCUCUAAUGUUCCAGAAAUCAUUAGUCUAACUCGUUCAAAGUUCUUGGAUGUUUCUGAUCCGGAGCUUAUUGCAGUUGGGAACCACAUCACCAUUAAUCACGUCCUAAGCAAGCUCAACAACGAAGCCACUCUUCUAGGUGGCCUAAAAAAAGGGUAUCAGUCAGGUUCUGUGAAUGAAGACUUUGCAACUCACAGUCAAUUGAAAAGCUGUUUCAAGGCAAUUCAAGGCUCUACCAAUUCCUCCCUUAUACAAUGUGAAACUGCUUGGUCGCAACUUAAAUACCUCCUCUUGUCGGGGUCUGAUGGUAUGUCCAGUUAUGAAUUAUUGAGCCUGGGUGUCACGGAUGUAAUGGCAUCGGAAUUUUCUGCAGCCGCUUGCCCCGAUAUAUUCACUACGAAUUUGGGCAGGUCUUUUGUCGAUAUCAUCUUUGGUGACCUAAAAGCUGCGAAACACUUGAUAGAAUUACUUUUGGACUCCCUCCAGAGAACUGAGUCGUUCGAUAUCGUUUCUGCAACAGAAAAGACUUCGAGCCGCGAUCCCGCACACGCAACUAAUCUUGCUCGACAAUUUCGAUUGCGGCUUGUACCUCAUGAAACAAGUGAUGGUGAUGACGACGGACCGGUCAUUGUGUACGUUCAGGCAAUAGCCACCUUUCGAUCCGUAGAACAGUUUCUUAAACAGCGUCAAAUGCUCGAAGAUUCCAGGGAUUUCAGGCGCAUUCCGAUUUUCAGUGAUAAGGAUCCAAAAUUGGCAACUGAACAGGACGAUUUCCAAUUUGUUAUAAACGAUGAGUUCAUACCGACUGACACUACGAUUUUUGGUGCAAUCUACGACUUGACACAGCCGAAGAGUUCUUCUUCGCUCUCGGAAAUGUGGACAAAGGUUCACACAAUCAAGUUCAAGCGAAACAACAAUCUCUUGAGAUCGACUAGCUCCAUCUUGAAGCAUGACAUGAUGACACAAGAUAUCAUCGGCUCUGAUACCUUAACGAUAUUAAGAUUACUCGAAUUUUUUUACAGGUUGAAUAUCAGGCUCAGAAAAAAAGGGUUAGCGAACCUACCUGAUGAUGCUUUCAGGAGUUGGGAGCUCACUUUAAAGUUGAGAAGACAAUUAGAGGAAAUCCUUGUUUUCGCCAGCGGAACACAACCAUCGUGGACCAUGGCGCUAACCCGUGAAUUUUCGUUUCUAUUUCCUUUGGAGUCUAGGAUGUUAUUUUUAAGAAACACAUCUUUUGGAUAUUCAAGAUUGAUAAACCAUUGGCAGAAUACUCUUGGGCCGGAGGUUUGGACCCAAGCUACCGAGCCCCGCUCGCGAGGAGUUCAGUUGGGCCGCAUAAGUCGUCAAAAGGUUCGUAUAUCGAGAAGUAUCCUAUUUCAAAGUGCCCUCAAGGUCUUGGAAAAGUUUGGCUCUUCUCCUGGAAUACUUGAGAUCGAGUACUACAAUGAGGUUGGUUCGGGUCUUGGACCAACGUUAGAGUUUUAUUCAAUGGUAUCUCGAGAGUUUCAAAGAAGCAAUUUGCAUCUUUGGCGAAAUCUGGACAGCUACGAGAGCUGCGAUUCUAUGGCAACCUAUGUGAAUUCAAAAAUGGGAUUGUUUCCCCAAGUGAUGCACCAACUGCCUUCAAAAAGAAAGUAUAAUUCAAAGAUCUUACACUUGUUUUUCUGUCUAGGAAAGUUUUUGGCGAGGUCCUUGUUCGACUCUAGAAUUGUUGACAUUGAGUUGCACCCUCUUACAUUCACGAUUCUUAGGCUACUUGAAAAAGGUCUGAUGCAUGAGUGGAACGAACAUCUAACUUUAGAAACCUUGUCAAGUGUGGACGAGUCACUUGCCCGGAGCUUGCAAAGUCUCCUCGACAUUGCAUCAUGUCAUCAGGCUUCUCAGGAAAAGGACACAAUACAAAGUUUGGAGCUCUUCUUUACGCUCCCAGGAAUGCCAGAAUACGAGCUCAUUUUAAAUGGUGCCAAUACCAGAGUCACCCACGAAAAUAUUACAGAGUACGUUGACGCUAUUCUUGCAGCGAUAUUAAAAGAUGGAGUCAUUCGACAAAUCGAGAAGCUUGCUGAAGGUUUCUCAACUGUCUUUCCCAUGAAAUCUUUAAAUGUUUUCUCUCCAGAAGAGCUAUGCAAGGUUUUCGGAUCCGGGGAAGAAGAUUGGGCUGAGGCUACCAUCUUGGGAGCGAUUCAAGCAAAUCAUGGAUACACGAAAUCGUCCGCUUCGGUUAUCCGUCUAGCUAAAAUUCUCAGCUCUUUUGAUCAAGAGCACCGUCGCAAAUUUUUGCAAUUUCUUACAGGAUCCCCGAGGUUGCCAAUAGGGGGGUUUAAGAGUUUACGUCCAGAAUUUACAGUUGUCAAAAAAAAUCCUGACGAAGACUUAGGUAGCGAUAAUUAUCUACCAUCAGUGAUGACGUGUGCGCUGUAUUUGAAGCUUCCUGACUAUUCGCUGAUUGAUAUCAUGAGAUCAAAAUUAAUUAGAGCAAUCACAGAGGGAGCUGACUCUUUUCAUUUAUCAUGA